CCUGUUGAUUUUCACAGUUUCAACCCUCAAAGCUGCUCCUGGUAUUUCUGGUUUUCUCCUUUUGGAUGCAGGAGAUGAACAUCUCUUAAUGAGGCAGAAUUGAUGAUGUCACUCAGACUGUCUCUGCUGUUUCUCUUAAUGGUUUCAGGAGUUGUCGUCCCCCAGCAGCAGUGCGAUCGUCCUAAAAGCGUCUCAGUGUCCAUCAGUCCCUCAGGUGAAAUAAUGGAGGGGAGUUCAGUGACUCUGACCUGCAGCAGUGAUGCAAACCCACCUAUGAAGACCUACGCCUGGUAUAAAGGAGGAUCCUUGAUGAGAACAGGAAAAACCUUCACAAUCCACAGGAUCAAAUCUGCGAACAGUGGAGUUUACACAUGCGCAGCAGAAAAUAUACAAGGACGUCAGUCUUCUACGGCUGUCGCUCUAAAAGUCCUGUAUCCUCCUAGGAGAGUCUCAGUGUCCAUCAGUCCCUCAGGUGAUAUAGUGGAGGGCAGUUCAGUGACUCUGACCUGCUACAGUGAUGCAAACCCACCUGUGGAGACCUACACCUGGUAUAAAGAAAAACCAUAUAAAAGCAAAGGAAAAACCUUCAUCAUUAACAACAUCAGCUCUGUGGACAGUGGAGUUUACAGCUGCAAGGCCGUCAAUCGAUACGGUUUUAAAUAUUCUGAUAAAACGACAGUAAAUAUUUUGUAUCCCCCUAAGCGAGUCUCAGUGUCCAUCAGUCCCUCAGGUGAGAUCAAGGAGGGCAGUUUAGUGACUCUGACCUGCUACAGUGAUGCAAACCCACCUGUGGAGACCUACACCUGGUAUAAAGUGAAUGAAAGCUCACCUGUAGGAUCUGGACAGAGUUACAGCUUCACGCUGAGCUCCAGCAGCAGUGGAUGGUUUUAUUGUGUGGCUCAGAAUAAAUACGGGUGUCAGAAAGCAGCUCCAGUGCAUCUCACUGUAAAAGAAGAUGGAGGUGUAGUUCUGUAUGUAGUUCUUGGACUCCUGGUAUGCUGUGGGUGUUUAUUUGUCACCAUUGGUGUUUUAUGCAUGAGGAGAAACAGAAAAGAUGGAGAUGAUGCUGGUCAGUCGAUUCACCUGAGCACAUCUGAAGAGACAUACACAGAUUUUGAUUCUCAGACCAGGUCCUCCAAUCACACAUACUACACAUUUGCACCAGUUCAAUUACCCAUGUACAUGGCUCUUGAUCCUCAGACCAGGUCUUCCAAUGACAUGUACCACAGACUUGCAACAGCUCAUCUGAUUUGUCCUCAUGAGAGGUACACAUCUCUUGAUCCUCAGACCAGGUCCUCCAAUGACAUGUACCACACACUUGCAAACCUUAACCUCAGGCCUCCUGAUGACAGACCUGCACUGAAUCUUCAGACCAGGUUCUCCAAUGGUGGUACACCUGAGUCCUGAGGUACAUCCUGAUAACUCAUAUAAAGCUCCUCACACUCGCUGGGAAUUUCCUGUCACAUGUUUUUGAGCUGUGGAUCAAUAUGACUAUAAGAGCUUUGUAUAUAUGACCAGUAUAAUGUACUGUAUAUGACUGCAUAUGGAUUUUUUUUCUACAUGUGUAUCAUAAGUUCUUGUCCUGUUCUUGUAUUUGUGGAUAAAAUUUAUCUACAACGACCAGGCAUAACAUUAUGCCAUUAUUACAUUACCAGUGACGUGAAUAACUGAUGAUCUCUUCAUCAUGGCUCCUGUUAGUGGGUGGAUUUAUUUAUUAGGCAGCAAGUGAACAUUUUGUCCUUUAAAGUUAAUGUUAGAAGCAGGAAAAAUGGGCGAGAGUAAGGAUUUGAGCGAGUUUGACAAAUUUAGACGACUGUGUCAGAGCAUAAAGCACCACAUGGAAAUUACGUAACUUGCAGCUGAUGUACAGCAUGGCAUGAAUUCACCCAGUUGGCAUGAAUUGAGGUCUGAUUCCAGCUAUGCUUGGUUUAUUCCCCCUUGAAUACUCAUUGGUAUGUGAUACAUCCCAGCUUGAUUGGGGUAGCCUGUUGUACAUUGGGGAUCAAGACCAACAUCCCGACCUCCAUUGGUUGGUUCUGUAAAUACCCAAGAUCCACUUGUGGUGUCAAAGUCACCAACACAGGUUAGGCAAACUGGUUUUGGUGGAAUUUGCCUUCAUGUUUGUGGUGCUCUUGCUCCAUGUUCAGGGCCUGAACUUGGUGAUGCUGGCAAGCAGCAAGGACUACAUGAUUCUGAAUUUUCCUCUAAUCUUGGGUUUCUGCACCAGGGUAGCACUUUCCAGGUUGGGUCAGGAAUAAAGAGAUGGUAGGCAAUUUGUGGAGAAAAAAGAAGGCUCAAAAUUUUAGCAAACAGUUUCAGUCUUAUGUUCUUCAAUCAUUUGUACUGAACUCACAUGAUAUAUCAGGGCCACUGCAAAUGUAUAUAUUUAUUUAGAAACAUAGAACUAAAUAGUUGUAAAGUAAAUAAAAUGUUUAUUAUUUAAAAUGUUAUAAGCGUGAGUCUGAUUUUAGAUGAUAUAACAGUGAAGAUGCAUGUGCUGGGUCAUUAUGAGCCGUG